CGUGGUUCGCGUACCCCUGCCCCCUCCGGCACCGCCCCGGGCGGGAAGAUGGCGGCGGCGGCGGCGCGGGUGGGCCGGAGUGCGGUCCUGGGGCUGCUGCGGCGGUGCGGCGGGUCCUGGGGCACCGGCCCGGCCCGGGGGUACUCGGGGGAGGCUGAGCGCAGCUGGUUCCGCUCCCUCUUCGUGCACAAGGUGGACCCCCGCAAGGAUGCCCACUCCAACCUCCUCUCCAAGAAGGAGACCAGCAGCCUCUACAAGAUCCAGUUUCACAAUGUGAAGCCUGAGUACCUGGAUGCCUACAACAGCCUGACGGAAGAGGUGCUGCCCAAGCUCCACUCAGAUGCCGACUACCCCUGUGACUUGGUGGGCAACUGGAACACGUGGUAUGGUGAGCAGGACCAGGCAGUGCACCUCUGGCGCUUCUUGGGCGGGUACCCAGCCCUCACUGAAUGCAUGAACAAGCUGAAGCAGAACAAGGAGUACCUCGAAUUCCGCAAGGAGAGGAGUCGGAUGCUGCUGUCCCGCAGGAACCAGCUGCUCCUGGAGUUCAGCUUCUGGAAUGAGCCCCUACCCCGCCAGGGACCCAACAUCUACGAGCUGAGGACCUACAAGUUGAAGCCUGGGACCAUGAUUGAAUGGGGCAACAACUGGGCUCGGGCCAUUAAGUACCGGCAGGAGAACCAGGAGGCAGUCGGCGGGUUCUUCUCCCAGAUCGGGGAGCUGUAUGUCGUGCAUCACCUCUGGGCCUACAAGGACCUGCAGUCCCGAGAGGAGACGAGGAAUGCGGCCUGGAGGAAGAGGGGCUGGGACGAGAAUGUGUACUACACAGUCCCGCUGAUCCGCAACAUGGAGUCACGGAUAAUGAUUCCCCUGAAGAUCUCCCCCCUGCAGUGAGCGGGGGGGUCUGUGCUGCACACCGAGUGGCUUGUUUCCCGCCUGGCUCUCUGCCGGGGGAGAGCUGUGGGGGGUCUCUGCUCCCCUGCAGCUCCUGGCUCUCCUUCUCCCCGCCCCCAGCCCCUUUUUGGGGUGCCCUGGGAAGGGUGGGCAUGGGGGGAGGGGUGGGAGCUCCCUGGGGCAGCACUGCCUGUGGGAUGUGGGGAUGUGGGGGGCGUCUUAAUUACUCCUCACGGGCCCCGUGGGUGCCUUUCUCGCUGGGACCCUGCCCCACUGCAGCAUGUCGACAAUUAAAUAUUUAAUAAACCAA